UUCGUUGUUACAGACUCGAAAGCCCCAUCGCAUCUUAGAGUCCCAGCAAACAAAGGACGAGAAGCAAUGGUUUACCUCACCUAUCUAAUCCACAACUACGACCACCUCCCCGCAUAUGCAAUCUUCACCCACGGACAUCGACAAGCAUGGCACCAAGAAAGAGAUAUCAUGGACAUGAUCCACGAUCUCAAAGUCGACGCACUCGAACAAGCAGGAUAUGUCUCGUUGCGAUUCAGCUGGUCCCCCUCGUGUCCAGCAGAGCUAAGGCCAAAACACCACGAUGCAGUGGUUUGGGGCAAUGGCGAUCAUGUCCGAGAGACCGAGGAUGCGAUUGGAGAGGCAUGGGCUGUAUUGUUCCCAGAUGAGGAGUUGCCCGAUACGAUAGCUUCCCAAUGUUGCGCGCAGUUUGCAGUGACGAGGAAAACGAUGCUACGAAGGACGAAGGAGGACUACAUCCGCAUGCGGCAAUGGCUCUUGGAGACGCCACUGGAUGAUGCGGUCAGUGGAAGAGUGUUUGAGAAGCUGUGGGCGUAUAUUAUGCUUGGUGAAGCUGUGCAUUGUCCUGAUCCUCAGACCGCCGCAUGCGAGUACUUCGGGUACUGC